AUGGCAGACGGCAAGGAGUUAAAAGAAUAUACACAACUACGAAGUAAUAUAAAAGCUAGAAUUACUAUAUUUCAAAAAUAUAUAGACAUUGUAAAACUUGUCGAACCAAAAACUUUAGCAAAGCUACAAAUAAACGAGCUUCAGUUAAAAUUAUCUCGGUUACAGGAAUUAUUCUCUUCCUUUGACGACAUACAAAAUAAAAUUGAGCUUCUCACGUCUGACAAUAUAUCCCCACAAUUAGAGGAACGCGACACUAUCGAAAGCUCAUUUUGUAAAUCAAUCGCGAUAGCACAGGACAUCUUGGAGUCAGCUUGUAAAUCCGAUAGACCUCCCUCUCAAGGCUCAGAUAAUUCUAUAAAAACUAACAAUGAGUACAGCAUGUGUAAUAUUAGACUUCCGACCAUCAAGCUACCCUCCUUUGACGGAAAUAACCUGAAAUGGCUAGAAUACAGAGAUACCUUCGAAUCUCUCAUUCACAACAACGAUUCCAUCCCGAAAAUCAAUAAAUUUCAUUACUUGCGUUCGUCACUAGAGGGUAGUGCAAGAAAAGAAUCACACAAAUCCCUACGUUAUAUGGUAGAUUAUUACACAAAAAACUUGAGAUCCUUGGAGGAAUUAAAAGAACCUGUUCAAUUUUGGGAUACUUUGGUUAUUUAUAUUAUGACUUCGAAGCUGGAUCCAGCCACAGGUCGCAAAUGGGAGGAGCAUCGUAAUUCAUUGGAUCUGUCACCUACGUUAGCUGAUUUCUUUGAAUUUUUACGUAGUCGAGCUAAUAUUUUAGAAACCAUACAACACGGUCGUACUGAUUCAAUUAAACUUGAAAAACAUAAUACUUACAAAGAAAACAAACCUACAAGGUCCUUUGUUACGUCCUCAGUAGCUACAAAUAAAAGAAAGUGUGUUGUUUGCAAUAGUAAUCAUUUAUUAUACGAGUGUGAACAGUUCAAAAAUAUGUCUAUGGAUAGCAAAACAACUACAAUUAGUAAAUACAAACUCUGUAAAAACUGUCUGCGUCCUGGCCAUCACCAUUCUCGUUGCCGCUUGAGUGCUUGCAAAAUCUGUAACAGAAAACACAAUUCAUUAUUACAUCGCAAUGAAAAUACUAACAAAAAUAACUUACCUGCGGAAUCAACGACUAGUUCUUCCUUCUUGCCACGUGAGUCGCAAGUCUCUCUUUCUGCCUCUGUUUCAGGUCAGGUGUUAUUAUGCACAGCUGAAAUAGAAGUAGUAGACACGAUAAAUAACAAAACUCACCUAGUGAAGGCUCUCCUCGACAGCGGUAGUCAGUCUUCCUUCGUAUCUGAAAAAAUAAAAAACAAAAUUAAUAUUCUCUGUAGAAAAACUAAUAUACCGAUUUUAGGCGUGAACAACUGCAUAACUAACUCAGUUGAAUGUUGUAACUUGCUUCUGAAAUCUUGCGUAAAUUCAUUUCAAGUAAAAGUAGACUGUUUAGUAAUCCCACAUAUUACAAAUAAAUUGCCUAGUGUAUUAGUAGAUGUUGCUAAACUAAAUAUGCCAUCCAAUAUACAAUUAGCUGACACAAAAUUUUUCUGUCCAUCUGAAAUCGACCUCUUAUUAGGAGCAGACAUUUAUUGGGACUUAAUUAUGCCAAAUCAAAUUAAGUUGGGUAAAAAUAAUCCUACUUUACAGGAGUCGAAAUUUGGUUGGCUUGUUGCUGGCCCCACUGGUGGUAAUCCAUACUCUUCAACUCCAAAAGUUCAUUGCCAUUUUACAAAAGAAAUAAAAGAAUCUUUAGCUAAAUUCUGGGAAGUAGAAGAAUUACAAUCUAAUACAAAAAUAUUAUCGAAGGAAGAAGAAUAUUGUGAAAACCACUUUAUACAAUAUACUAAACGUUUGCCUUCAGGUAGGUUCUCGGUUACAAUUCCUUUUCGCGAGCCACCCGAAAACGUUUUAGGUGAAUCACACAGUAUAGCUAGAAAGCGCUUUUACAAUUUAGAAAAAAGAUUGGCAAGAAAUGGUCACAAAAUAGACUAUUCCAACUUCAUACAGGAAUAUGAGAGUUUGGGACACUUGUCACAGAUAGAACGACCUAAGUUCGGAUAUUUUAUUCCACAUCACGCGGUUAUACGUGAAAACAGUGAGACAACCCGACUUAGAGUAGUAUUUAAUGCAUCGUUUAAAACAGAUACAGGUAAAUCGCUAAACGAUUUAAUGAUGAUAGGUCCAGUUGUGCAAGACGACUUACUGUCUAUUUUAUUGCGAUUUAGAUACAAUAAAUAUGUCGUUACGGCAGAUAUUACAAAAAUGUAUCGUCAAAUUGAAAUUGACCAUUCGCAGCGACAUUUACAAUUAAUUUUGUGGAGAGAUAAUGAUCGAAUUCCUUUAAAAACUUUACAACUUAAUACUGUAACAUAUGGAACAGCCGCUGCGUCAUUUCUCAGUACCAGAUGCUUACUUCAGCUAGCUGAAGAAUGCACUGACCCAGUUGUUGCCGACGUUAUAAAACAUGAUUUUUAUGUCGACGAUUUGAUUACGGGAAGCUCAUCAAAAUCAAUAUUAGCUAAAUCGGUGCAGGCAGUAGUGCAAAAAUUAAAUGAGGGCUGUUUCUCAUUACACAAAUUUCGGUCCAAUGUCCCUGAUUUAUUAAAAGAAAUUACUCCAAUUGAUCAAACACAGGAUUUUUGUAAGGAAAGUUCCAUACUAGGAUUAAAAUGGCAACCAAGUACCGACAAAUUAAAAUUUUAUACACAGUUAAAUAUUGAUACAAAUGUAACUAAACGAACUAUUUUAUCUACAUCAUGUAAGGUUUUUGAUCCCUUAGGUCUACUUUCUGCAUGUACAAUAAUACCUAAAAUACUUUUACAAAAGUUAUGGCUUUCGAAAUUGGAGUGGGAUGAACCUGUUCCAGACGUAAUAAAAGAAAAAUGCCCACAAACAUUACACUUCAUUGUUUUACUGACGCGUCACAAACAUCAUACGGUGCUUGCAUAUAUUUAA